GUUUGCCAUGCACUUUAUUUACAGGCACUAUUGAUGAACUAACCGUUAUUUUGGAUAGGGACCUCGGUCCAUAGACCAGAUGUGUUAGUUUAGUGGAAUUUUUUUUUUGUUGCCGACAGACUGAGAGAGUUCAACUCACUACAGCAGCACCAAUGAACAGUGAGAGAGACCUGCGCAUAUCGUCAGCAGCCGCUUCUCCAGCCUCAAGCUAAAAUUCGUCAGAUCUGAGAUCACAGAGGAUCUUUCUCAUUCAGUCCGGCUAGAAAAGAUAUUCUCAAAAGUUUGGGGAUAUAGCCAGCGGACACCGAAUAUACCCCGACUCGUCAGCUAUCAUUGUACGUCCACUGACUCCCAUCCACUUCCAGUGCACCUUGGAACAUCACAAGCAAGUCGCAGGGGCAUUGUCUUCUAUGUGGGCUGUGUUUCGCGGCAGGAUUCUGUGGUCGUGUGUGAAAUGGUUUAGCGCUUUUCUAUAAUGAAAGGUCCUCAUAUUGCAACUAUGGGUGGACGGAGCAGGACGGCCUUUCUGUGUCUGUGGGCUUCCUUACUUGUGGCCAACAGCGUUCUAGGUGGGAAAAGCUCUGGGACGAACGGCAUGACAGAUGAACAGAAAGAUAACACUACAGUGUUCACCAAGAUCUUAGACAGCCUUCUAGAUGGCUAUGACAAUCGCCUCAGGCCAGGACUGGGAGAGCGUGUAACUGAAGUCAAGACUGACAUUUUCGUGACUAGUAUUGGGCCAGUUUCGGAUCAUGAGAUGGAGUACACUAUUGAUGUCUUCUUCAGACAGAGCUGGAAGGAUGAAAGGUUAAAGUUCAAAGGCCCCAUGGCCGUGCUACGUCUCAACAACCUGAUGGCCAGCAAGAUCUGGACCCCCGAUACCUUCUUCCACAACGGCAAGAAGUCCGUGGCUCACAACAUGACCAUGCCGAACAAGCUGCUGCGAAUUACAGAGGAAGGAACUCUGCUGUACACCAUGAGGCUUACAGUAAGAGCAGAAUGUCCCAUGCACCUGGAAGACUUCCCGAUGGAUGCCCAUGCUUGUCCACUGAAAUUUGGCAGCUAUGCCUACACUCAAGCAGAGGUGGUGUAUGUGUGGACCAGAGGGGCCGACCAGUCCGUGGUGGUGGCGGAGGAUGGGUCCAGAUUAAACCAGUACGAUCUGAUGGGGCAGCAUGUGAAUUCUGGUGUGGUGCAGUCCAGCACAGGAGAGUAUGUCGUGAUGACAACCCACUUCCACCUGAAGAGGAAAAUUGGUUACUUUGUGAUCCAGACAUAUCUACCCUGCAUCAUGACAGUCAUCCUCUCCCAAGUGUCUUUCUGGCUCAACAGAGAGUCUGUCCCUGCCAGGACUGUCUUUGGAGUGACCACUGUCCUGACCAUGACCACUCUCAGUAUCAGCGCCAGGAACUCCCUCCCUAAAGUGGCCUAUGCCACAGCUAUGGACUGGUUCAUCGCUGUGUGCUACGCCUUUGUCUUCUCGGCUCUCAUUGAGUUUGCCACAGUCAACUACUUCACCAAGAGGGGUUAUGCCUGGGAUGGAAAAAGUGUGGUGCCAGAGAAGCAAAAGAAGAAGAAGGAGUCCCUCCUCAAGAAAAACAACACCACAGCCUACCCAGCUGCCACUGCUACAGCCUUCGCCCCCAAUAUUGCCAGGGACCCUGGAUUGGCCACUAUUGCCAAAAGCGCCCCCCCACUCCCCUCUGAGCCCAAGGAGGAGCCAAAGCCCAAACCUCCAGAGGCAAAGAAGACCUUUAACAGUGUGAGCAAGAUAGACAGGAUUGCCAGAAUAGCCUUCCCAUUGCUCUUUGGAACCUUUAACUUGGUCUACUGGGCAACUUACUUGAAUAAGAACCCCAAAUUAACGGGGAUGGGUCACUAAUCCAUGUUUCAUUCAUUUAAAAUUAUACCUGUGAUUUUCUUUUUAGUUUUCUUUCUUAUUCUUCCUUAAACAGGUGUUUAUUUACAUUUUCAGACAAACAUGGUGUCCAUGCUGGUUUGAAUUCCCAGUUGUUGCAUUGCUUAAAUGUUUACCUAAAGUUUGAAGAUUUUGAAAAAACUAAAUAGAGAAAAAAAGAAAGAUAACUUUACAGACUUUUGAAAGGGUGUUGAUCAGGUCUCGGAUGAUGCUACUAAGAAAAUGCUACUAUAAAUAUAUAGCCAAGAGAAUGCUACUCUACAACUGCACAUGGCCCACACUUGUUAAGGGGCUUUUGUUUCAAGUUUAUUAUUCUUAUUUAAUUUUUCUAUUUUAUUUAAACAUUGAAUCACAGACACAUUAAAAGGCACUUGUGUAUAUGCAUGGGCAGGGCAUCUUUUAAUUUAUCUUUAUUUAUUAAAAUACAGAUCAACUUCGACUGAUAGCUUAGUUUAUUUGAUAUCAACUGCAAAAAUGCUACACUCACUCUCUGUCAAAAUAUCUUCAAUUCUCUGUAGAUGUUUUAUGAGAUUAAUUAUGUCAUUCUUCAAAAUAUGUUAGGGGUUUCUGCAAUAGCAAUAACACAUGUCUCAGUGGACACACCAUUUAUUUAGGGACAAAGAAUACAAAAUCCAAUCCUCUCUGUGUUCAGCAUUGAAAAUAUUAUGAAUUUCCUUUCACGGCGUUGUAAAUAUUAUCAAGUGUUAGAGAUGUCAAUAUUAUGUUUAAGCUUUGCAAAGUGUAACUAGAGGGUAUGUUUAUUGAAUACACGGAAAAAGUAAUUUUUUUAUUUAAUUUAUUUUUGUUUCUGUUUAUAAUUUAUACAAAAAGAGUAUAAUCUUGUCUAAUUCACGCUUAAGUGACUGUUUCUCGCCAAGUUUGCGUUCCAUUCAAGCUGCUUUCACACUGAAGUAAAAUACUAUUAAACUGUGUGUGUGUGUGUGUGUGUGUACACACUGACGGCAACAACAGCAACAACAACAUUAAUGGUGUAAUCUGAGAUUGGCUAGUUAUGAAAAUGUAAACAUCAUCUCAAAUCCUGGAGUGCAUUUGACAUUUAGAAUUAAAAUAUUAAUUAUGUACUUCUUUUGUUUGAUUUAUUUAUGGUGGAAAACGCCAUUUUUAACAAAGUACAGUUGGCAUUGCUUAAAGAUGGGCGGGGCACAUUGAGAAGGAGAAGUGCCUUUUUUAUUUUCAGAGUUGAAGCUGUGAUGGCUACUACUUUGUUGAUGGAUGGCACGUCUGCAUUUUCCAUCCCACUGUGUCCCCUGACCCUGACUCCCAUAGUCCCCCUCUCCUUUCAGUUGAAAAUUGAGACAUAACACUCAGAAAGUACCAGCUACACUGCCUUCAGUAUCACAUGCCCGUUUGGACUCAUUUGUUGCUGCUUGUUGGUGAGCAACAGCGAGAGACAGGGACAGAGACAGAGAGAGACAAAGAGAGAAAGGAGACAUUGAGUUGAAGUGGCACUGUAAUCUUGCUUUAGCCGGCGCUGUGAUUCGCACAGAGGACUUGUCUAGUAGUUCCACGAUAGUGACGAAGAUGAAUAUAUUUUUGUAGCAUGAUGUCAAUCCCUCUUCCGAAAAAAACCAACAGAAACUAACGCAAAUGUGAAAAGAAUGCUUAUUGUUUUGGUCUUGAACAUUGCUUGCUCUUUUUUCUUUUAGCUUAAAAAAACACACAUUUUAAGGACAUGCUUCUUCUCUGAUGUGGCACGUCGAGGUUUCUGAACGGCCCAUUUUAAAUUAUGUUAAUGUAGCAAUAUUAAUUAGCAAGGGCUUUUCUUAGGACCUGAACCUGACACUCAGUCUGGGGCUAAUAUCCAUUGUAGCUUUACAUUGACCCCUAACCACCUAUUUCUUUUUCGAUAUACAUGAAAAUCUAGGAAAUGUUUAAAUCUGGCAAAAGAUAACAGGAAUCAAAUUGUGUGUUCAUCUUCGGUUCUGGAGCCUUUGGCUAACACUCUAACCUUUGUUCACAAAAUCUCCACAUUUCUUGUCGGGGAGUGGGGGUGCAUUGUAUUGCAUUAUGGGUUUUGGGUGUGCUUUUGAGAACAUGUUUUACAGGGCACUGAACAGGCUAGAGGGCAUGUACGCACCCCGCAGAAUUAUCUGUGUGUUUGUACGCUGGGGUGAAAAUAUCACACUAUCGCCAGAGGAAAACUAAAAAUAUAUAGUUGGUUGUCGCUAUUGUUGUUAUUUGUUUUUAUUUCAUUAUGACCAAUGCUGAACCUAUCACCUAAUGGCAGACUUGUUUGCAGCCAUAUGCAAGCGGUCUACUGUUAAGAGCCACUUAACCUACAAGCAGAGGGUCGAGGAACUGCAAAGUCUAGGGUGAAGAGUUGUAUAAAGAUAUUUGAAUUCUAAACUAUUGUAUGUAUGUUUAUUAUCAUGAAGAAAAAAUAUAUAUACAUAUGUAAAAUACAUAAUGCAUACAGUAUUUGAUUAUAUUAAUGAAGAUAUUAGCUAAGAUGAUGAUGAAUAUUGUUUGUAUUAUCAACUUAUUGUUAUGCAUUUUGCACAUUUAGAAGAACAAUAACAUUACAUUUAUGUAGUCAGCUUCGUGCUAUGCAAGGACAGCUUUGAACCACAUCAUUGACCUUCUCUCCCGACCAUUGUGUUUCAGAUUUACAAGCUAUUAUAAAAAAAAAAAAUGAAAAAAGCUUAGCUUUUAUGUCAGCUGUGCACCCACUUGCUUUUUUUUUCUUUCAACCAUGGCUAAACAGGGUGACUUCAAAGAAAACAGUGGAUUAUCUCUUUUGUUUGCGCUUUGGAUUUGUCGGUGGUUGAAGGGAAAAUGGCUUUCAUUGUUGAUUGCACUUUUUCUCAAGAAACAUGCAAUAAAGUGAUUGAACUGAAGAACCAGGAGCAAAACUGUAACAAGAUCACCUUGUUGAUAACAUUUAUGUUCAUUUUUUGAGCUUGUUUGUCAUUGUAAAAAUGGAAGCAGGUGAAAACUUGACUUUGCUAAAUGGAUUGUUAUGUUUAUCUUUUGCUUUCCAAAGCUAAAUGAUAUUACAGGGAGCACCAGAGAGUGUUGACUUUGACAAAGUACAUUUUGUUAACUUUUCUGUUCAGAAUAGCUUUGCCAAGUCCUUUUCUUGUACUCAAAGCAGGAUCAAACAAGUGUUGUAGACCAUAAUACAAAUAUUUUUGAGCCAGGUCUGAUUUUGCUACAUUUGAUGCUCCAGAGAGAGAAUGUGAAAUGUGAGGCACAGUGCAAUCAUGAGCUUCCAACGUUUACCUUCACACUCAUAUGCAGAGCAAACAUGUACAUAUCACAUUUGUAGGCACAUCAGUCAUUUGUUUCAUUAUGUUUGAUGCAAGGUCCAUUGCAGUUCUCAGCAGCACUUGCUUUUAAACAUUCAGUCUUUGGUUAUUCCUAGAUACCUACUGGAGUUUUUCCUUGUAUUUUUAUCAAGCAAAAUAUGUUCUGAUUUUCACUGAAAUGUAAAAAAAAAAAAACGAAUUUUCUAAAGCACAAAAGUUGAUUAGGGUAAGAGAAAUUAGAUCGAUACUGUAUACAUAUGGACAUCGACAAAGACACGCUUUCAAAAUGCACACAAACACACACGAGCAGUACACAGGAAUGUGUUGGUAGUCCAAUGAUACUGACAAAGGGUUCUGAUUGGUGUAGAUGAAACGGUAAACCUUCUGUAAAUGUUUUCUUUUGGUUAUGAUAUGGCCCUGUAGAAUCUGAUUCUCUGCAUUAGUCUUUAAAUAAAAAGAAAACAAAUGAAA